CCGGCUGUUUCCCAGAAUGCACCGCGUUACAAACUCCAAGCGCGAACGAUGUGAGCCGAAGUCAGGUUUUGUCCCGAAAAACAUCAUUUUAACACAAUUACCACCACACUAACGGUGGGUAAGGCCUCUAAUGGCCUCCAACAGCAGCAUCUCUUCACUUCUGAAGGAUGUCGUUGCUUAUGUGGACGUGUGGUCAUCAGAUAAAACUGCAAAUUAUUCAAAACCAUUUGUUCAGCAACUCCAAGAAAUGGGGGCUCAGGUGACAAAAGCAUUCACCAAACAAGUGACACAUGUCAUUUUUAGCAAUGGGCAUUCUGCCACAUGGAGGAAAGCUAAAAAGAAUAAUGUGAAACUUGUCUCUGUUCUGUGGGUCAGCAGGUGUUAUGACGAGGCAGUGCAAGUCAAUGAGGAUUUAUUUCCAGCUUUAAAUGAAACCAACCCAGUAUUAAAGAAUAAAAAACAUCGAUGUAUGCAGCCCAAAGAUUCACCUGAAAGAACCCCUGACAGUGACAAACGCAUGAGAAGAAAACUGGACAAAAUGAUGAAGGACCUCACUCCUAUGGAGCCUCUGGUUACAGACGUUUCACCUAUUAUAAUUGAUGAGAAGAAUGGAAUCAUUUACAGUCCAGCUUUUAAAAGGUCUGAUUACAUGGCACGACGUUUAAAGGAUAUGAAAGAAAAGCAUGAAAAUAUUUCUCUGACAGCAUCUCAUAUGGAAUCGCCCACUGGACUGAAGCCUUCUCUGGGGAACUCACCAACUGUCUUCAAACAUUCAUAUGACCAGUCUGAUGAUGACUCUUGUCCAUCUGUGGCUGAAACAGGGUCUGCAGCUGAAUCUCCUGCGAAAGAAGAGGGAACAUCACUGCCCAACAUUAAAGACCAUCAAAAUGAACGCUUAAGUACUGAGACAACAGAACAGCCCUGGAUCGCUCCCUGCCGUCAGAUGUUGGGAGAAACACAUAUUUUCCCUGUGAAAUGUCUAAAGUUUUUGGAAAAGGAGGACAAAAAAGAGAAGUAUAGACGGAAAACUUCAAGGAGGUCAUCAAGGGUAUCAAUGAAAAGAAACAGUACAGAAUCAGUUAAAGGUAUUUUAACUGACACUCCGGGCUCAUCUGACAGCCAAAAGUCUGGUAAGAAAGUCAGUAGGAGGUCUACAAUCAAGUCUCCUAGCUCAGCUUCAAAGAAGCUAAAAACUUUAAGUAGUGAAAGUAGAAUCAAAAAGGGACAGGAAUUGACAAAGGGAGACAAAUCCUGCACAGAAACUAAAUCACCUGAAAAUGUGAAAUAUACUGCCAGUACUACUACUGAUGCUGCUACUAGUCUCUCAAUUAAAACUACCUCCCCAAGAGAACCAAGUGAAUCAAAACUGACCUCCAUUUUCUCUGCUUUGGUGCGAACCCCCACUUUAUCUUGUGAAUCACACAAAACUGUGUCUUGUUCCACUGAUGGAGAUGAUGAUGUGUUUGAGGACUGUUUCUCUCCUUCUAACCUCGGACAGAAACCAAAAAAAGCCUCUCUUUCUGGCCUAUCUGCAGAAACCUUUCAACUUCCAUUUGAACUGGACUCUGACUCAAAGAAAAGAAAACAGAGGCGAAGUGAGAGUGCUGUGAAUGAAGCAAGCGCCACUAAAAAGAAAAAACUGAAGCAGAGCACAUUACAUUUAAAAGACCUUGAUACAGUGGAAGCUUCUGAAAGGCUUUCACACAAGGACGGAAAUAAAUUGCUGUCUAACCUGGGUAGUUAUAGUGAUAAUUUAAAACAACUGACUAAAAAAAGGAGACAAAGUGCUUUGCAGUUCACUUCUAUCUGUGCACCAACCACACGGCACAGGCAACUGUUGCUCUCCACUGAGACAAGAAAGUCAGAAGAGACUGGCGCUGCUUUAGAGCUGCACAAAAAAACAGACAGGAGCCUAAAGAGCUCUGUGGCAAGUAAAGGAAAUGAAGAUACAGUUGCGAGUAGGUUAACACAACCUGCCUCUCAAGAACAGACUGAAGAAAAAGGCACAAGUCUCCAGACGAUGGUCCACUCGACAAAGGUGGGAAGAACACUGGUCAUGACGAGUAUGCCCACUGAGAAGCAAGGCACGGUGGUUCAGGUGGUCAAGGCGUUGGGUGGGUUCACUCUUGUGGAUGAAGUAUGUGCGAGUACGACUCAUGUGGUGUCAGGAAGUCAUCGAAGGACCUUGAAUAUCCUCUUGGGCAUUGCUCGAGGCUGCUGGAUUCUGUCUUUUGAGUGGAUUCUUUGGAGCUUGGAGAAAAGGCAGUGGAUCCCAGAGGAGCCAUAUGAACUUUCAGACCAAUUUCCAGCAGCACAGAUCUGCAGACUCCAGAGACACUUAUCAGCAGGGGAGCAUCAGCAGGACCUGUUCGAGGACCAGCCCGCCAUGUUUGUGUCCCAUUUCUCCCAGCCACCCCCUCAGAGCCUCGUCGAGCUCAUCCAACUCUGCGGAGGAACAGUGUGCAGAACUGUGCGCCAGGCCGGCCUCCUCAUCGGGAGGUACAGCGGCAGGAGGCCAGAGGGGAGCAGGGUGCUGUCAGAGCAGUGGGUGCUUGACAGCAUCACUCAUUUGAAGCUGCUGCCCUAUGAUGACUACACUUUGGAUUAAAAAGGUGAAUAUGAAUAAGAGAGCUAAGAUGAUGGUUGCCUUCAGGGAUAUUAUCAAAAAACAAUACGUCUUAUUAAAAAAUUACUUUACAUGACUGUGAAAACAUUGCUUAAGCGCUCAUUCCUUUCAUUGGUUUUGUACCAAAUAUUAUAUUUUUGUUUAAUUUGACUUAAAACUGUUGAAUGUAGUUUUUACUGAUGUCAUGCAAUAUCAAUAAAACUUUAUCUCAUUCUACA